AAAAUUAAAAAUAAAAUAAACACAAGACGCCUCUCUUAAUUAAGAGAGCCAAGGGACGGCUUUUACGGUGAAGAAGAAGAGAGUCGUACUCGGUGAGCUUCUCAACUUGUGCAAGAAGAAAUCAAAAUGUCCCAAAGGAAUCAAAGUCCGACAUCGACACUAGAUCUGACGAUCCCCAGAUGUGUGCUCCCUAUGUCACCGGAAUCUUCGUCUAUCUCCGUCAAUUAGAGGUUAGCUUCCUCAAUUUACAAUCUCGAUUUCGAAAUUCGAUAUGGUCUUAUGUAAAAAAAUUGAUUUUGGUUUGAAAAUUUUGAAUCAAGUGAAGGAAAAGUCAAGGUCUUUGAUUGAUUAUAUAGACAGGGUGCAGAAAGAUGUAACGCCUAAUAUGAGAGGAGUUUUGGUUGAUUGGUUAGUUGAAGUUACUGAAGAGUACAAACUUCUCUCCGACACUCUUUACCUAACUGUCUCCUACAUCGACAGAUUCUUAUCUCUUCAGACUAUUAAUAGGCAAAAGCUUCAGCUUUUGGGAGUUUCUUUUAUGCUUAUUGCCUCGUAAGCUACAUCUUUUUAAGUUGUGAUGGUUGUUGUAACAUGGUCCAUGUUCUAUCUUUGUUCCCAAUCCAUUGGUUUGGAGCCUGUCACACUGGAAAUUGUUGAAAAAUAUAAUCUUUCCUUCAGAAAUCAAUGCACUUUCUUUGGACCUGGUGCUCUGUGUUCUAUGCUGGUGGUGGAGAUUACAAAGUUUCUAUCGUUGCCUUCAAUUCCUCAAGUGACUAUGCAACACAAGCUCUUGGUUCAGUAUCAAGGUACCUAAAACUGGGGAAGGAAGAACCAAGGUUAGAGACUAAAUUGUUUAAUGAGAACAACUAUUCCAAGAUGCCAAUGCUUCAGUUACAUAAAGAGAUGGUAGAUUUCUGUGAGUUUCUGUUACCAACUCGAAGGGAGAAAGCACAGCGUGAUAACAAUUAACAAGAAUGAGGAACUUUGAUUUUAAGAAGAAGGCGUGAAGAAAAGAAAAUGAAAUUGUGGAAUGUAACGUAAGCCACGCUCGUGGGAGAUGCGAGUGGGCAAAACAAGAAGUAGAGUUUAGUGAAUGAAAAAAUGCAACGCUACCUGCUAGUUUCUCCACUUGUCAUGCAACCAGGCUGAGUUCGUUUCCCCCCUUUCGAUUGUUAUUUUUGUUUUGUUUUUUAUUACACCAACACGUUACAUACUUCACAUAACUCAUUUUGACUAUAAUGGUUAUUUUGGAGCUAUAUAUAAACCACCUGAGGCUCAUCAGUUUCCUCCAUGAAAUAACAAGAAGCAUCUUAGAGAAAGAGAAUAGAGCGAGAGAGAUUGAAAGCUUUAGGUUUUCAAAAAAAACUGAGACCCUCUAGAAAGUCUCUGUACGGGAAAAGCUUCUUCUCGAUAUCUUCAGAAAAUGGGCGUCAUGAUCAAUCACCAUUUGCUCGCUAUCGUCUUUGGCAUCUUAGGAAACGCAAUAUCCUUCCUCGUAUUCCUCGCUCCAGUGCCAACGUUUUAUAGAAUUUACAAGAAAAAAUCUACGGAAAGUUUUCAGUCUCUACCGUACCAAGUGUCGCUAUUUAGCUGCAUGCUAUGGCUCUGUUACGCAUUGAUUAAGCAAGACGCUUUUCUCUUAAUUACCAUCAACUCCUUUGGCUGCGUUGUGGAGACUAUCUACAUCGCCAUGUUCUUCACUUACGCUACCAAAGACAAAAGGGUCGCGGCCAUGAAAUUGUUCUUAACGAUAAACGUUGCUUUCUUUUCGUUGAUUCUAAUGGUUACACAUUUCGCGGUUAAAAGACCUAGCCUCCAAGUCUCUGUCCUUGGCUGGAUUUGCGUUGCCAUUUCCGUUUCUGUUUUCGCUGCCCCUCUAAUGAUCGUGGCGCGUGUCAUAAAGACAAAGAGUGUGGAAUUCAUGCCCUUCACGCUUUCUUUCUUCCUCACCAUAAGCGCCGUUAUGUGGUUUGCUUAUGGCUUAUUCCUUCAUGACAUAUGCAUAGCUAUUCCAAACGUGGUGGGAUUCAUACUAGGUAUGAUACAAAUGGUUUUGUACGGAAUUUACAGAAACUCGGGGGAGAAAUUAGAUACCGAGAAAAAGAUGAAUCCAUCAGAACAACAACUUAAGAGUGUUGUCGUGAUGAGUCCAUUGAGUGUGUCAGAAGUGCACCCAAUUGACGUCUGUGUGACUGAACCAGUGGACCCAUUCUCUGACGCCGUUCAACAUAAAGAUCCAUCCAAAGUUACUAAAGAGAAGGAGCCGGCAACUGAUGACGGAAAGUGCCACGUGGAAACUGCUCGUCAUGAAUCUGUCUGAUGUGUCAAAUGUAUUUUCAACAAGAAGCAAAAUAUUUCUCUCUCACCCUUUCUCUUUCUCGUGGGCCUUGGCUCUCGGCCGGCCGAAGGAAGAAACUGUAUCGAUCGGUGGUUUGGUUCCAUUUUUGUUUCCUAUCUUAUUUAGUAUCAUCAAUGUACUUGCAUUAAGUUCUAUGCUAUAAAGUUUAUCUUCUAAAGUGAA